CCUGACCAAUCCAGCACUCCAUUUCCGUCGGCUCGAGGAGACGAUUUCAGCGCGAUGAACCGAGGACGACUCGGAAGCCGAACAAAGCGUUGUGAAGCCAAGCCUCAAAUUCCAGCGGCACGUGAAAAUUUCCUUCCUUUGUUCUCUCAACAUCGUGUCGAUGGAGUCAUUGUAGAUCGUGACGGAUUAUUGUCGACUCGAAAGGCUGACAAGUCCACAUGAUGCACGGCGGCGGAGACUUUCGGCCCGAUCCCCAACCGCUCCCUGAAGCGCAUGAUCCUUCAACGCGGACGCGGCGGUUUACCCCAACUUGGCUGCGUGGCGCGGACCGACGGUCACACGGCGUUGGGCGUCAACAACGUUACCAUCAUUGGCAGGGUCGCGGCAAGAUGUCAAAUGAGAGGAUCAUAUCGUCAAGUCCAGCUCUUGCAGGUGAACAGAGCGUGGUCAUUUUUCGAAGCACAAACUCAGCCCGGUUCGCCCGACUCUGGGCGCGAAGAUUGGGCUGUCGUUGGAGUUCGUGGCAGUGAGGAGAUUCGAGUGUGGCGUGAAAGUGGGGGAUGCAACUCUGCUCUGGAUUCCACACUUUCGGUCGGGGUUUCGCAGAACUUUCCCGGAGAAGCGGGUCUGUUGGUGUUGGUGGUGGAGAUCACGAAAAGAAGAGAAGGACAGAAGGCCGCCAGCGGAUAUCUGGCCAAUUGCAGGGCCUCAAGGCGACCGUCAGGCCGAGUCAGCCACCAUGUCGAGCAUGUCAUUGACACAAGCAAAAGAGGGGCCCCAGAUGCGUGCCAUGUGGAAAGCCAAAAGCUGGCAACGAGCAAAUGGAAAAAGGCUUCCAAAGUUCCAUGAUUCUGCGCGAAAUUGUGGGGUGAGGUGCCCGGGGAGGUCUUGCAGGGCCGGCCGGGCACCCGGGCCAGAAAAAGCCCAGGAGCCCAGCACCCGCCCAGCCAGCUUUCCCCAGAAAAGGACCGUUUUUAGCCGGCGAGACCUUGUUGUUGAUGUCCAUUUACUCCAGAAACAAACUAGGGGCCCGAUCCAGAGCAUUCGACCGGCCUGAACGACAGGCUC